AAGCGGUAUAAACAGAAUGUUAUUAUUUAAAAGUCCCUCUUUCAACUUUGAUAAAUUGCAAAUCAUUUUGUUCAGAUUCUGUUUACAAUUUUUGCACAAUUUAAUUUGAGUUGUUUUCUUUGAAUUUGUUUCUAAUUCCUUUUCGAUCAUCUGUUGGUAAUCAUGGCUCUCCAAGAGUUACUUCAAUUAGAAAAACAUGCAAGUUUUGGCUUGAAAUCUGUGGAUGAUGUUGAACUUAGUGAAGAAAUCGAAGAAUUAAAUAGCGAGAAACUAACCCAGUUGCCCAUCACUCCGUUUACAAUGAAUAAAAAUGUCCAGUUAAGAGAUUCUAACACUGGUAGACAUAUCCACAUUAACAUGGAAAAGGGAACAACUACUCUUGCCUUCAAAUACCAAGGUGGUGUUGUUAUAGCAGUAGAUUCCAGGGCUACUGGUGGUGAUUUCAUUUUCUCUGGAUCUGUAAAAAAGAUUAUCGAGAUAAACAAGUACCUUUUAGGUACUAUGGCUGGAGGUGCUGCUGAUUGCUCUUAUUGGCAUCGAUCUUUGACUGUCAGAUGUCGAAUGUAUGAGCUUCGUAACAAGGAAAGAAUUUCUGUUGCUGCUGCUAGUAAAUUAUUAGCCAACAUCCUCUACAAUUAUAAAGGAAUGGGUCUUUCUAUGGGUACCAUGAUCAUUGGUUGGGAUAAGAGAGGUCCUGGUCUAUAUUAUGUUGAUGAUUCUGGUAGCAGAUAUUCUGGUGAUCUAUUUAGUGCCGGGUCUGGUUCUCCAUUUGCUUUUGGUGUGGUUGACACUCACUGGAAAUACGAUAUGACCGAUGAAGAAGCGUAUGAGUUGGGUAGACGUGCAGUCUAUCAAGCUACAUAUCGUGAUGCCGCUUCCGGAGGAAUUGUCAGAGUUUACGGCAUGAAACCAACUGGAUGGGUAAAAAUUAGCGAACAAGAUUGUAAGGUGCUUCAUUACAAAUAUGCCGAUGAAAAAAUGGUUUGAGUAUCGCAUUAAAGUUUUCUAAAUAAAUUGAUUAAAGAUAUCUUUAUUCCAAUUCGA